CUUGGCAUUUUCACUCCAUCAAGCAUCAUCAUCAUCAUCAUUCAUCAUGAAGUUCUACCAGCUCUCCGCCCUCGUGGCCAUCUUUGCCUCUGUAGCCUCUGCAGGCGACGUCUGCCCUCAAGAGCUCGAGGAGUUCAUUGUCGGCAGCCACUGGUUCGACAUGUGCGCCCACAUUGGCUGCAAGUACGUUGCGGAUACGUCUAAGCGCCAGGGCUGCUACUGCAAGGACGGACACAAGCGCAAUGUGAUUGGCAACUGCGUUCCCAUCAGCGAGUGCAACGAUCCCCGAUGCCCUGCUCCCCCCAAGCCCAAGGAGCCCGGACUAGGCGAUCAGCUCGAGGGCGUCAUUGGCGAUUUGGCCGGCGUUGAGAAGCCUAAGCCUGGUGCUCCUAAGCCCGCGAAUGCCAAUGGCCUCAAGGACGUCCUUGGUGAUUUGGCUGGUGUCCCGAAGCCCGGUGUGAACCCCAACACGGGUCUUUAAGCUACACGUGGAACUUAAUCUGGUCUCCUGGGCAUUUUGCACGGGAUAAGCUGGCGUCACGGGUAAAAGAGGCAUUGUGUGUAUACUAUUUUAUUCCAUUGAGAUGUUUCAAUACAAAAAAUGUCUAUUAUACAUGGUGGUUUUAGUCUCCAACUUAGGGGAGAGUGGCAAUGUCUAUUGUUUUGUUCUCAGAGGCGGCUGCUGUUGUGCGCGCUUCUCUCCGCCGCUGCCAUCGCGCAGUAGGCGCGGCGCUGUGUCGUAGAUAGGUGUGUCGUUUCCGCUUAACAAGCAGAUCCAGAUCUACAUUUCUAUAUCGUAUAUCGUAGCGUACCCAUCGCUGUAGUCCGGGAAGAUGCAUCCCCAGAGAGGGUAGUGCCAGUAGCGUGCCCACGUUCUUGGCUUCAUCUGGGUACACGUCCUUUCCUUCGUCUCGUGUGCCUCCCAGCCACUUCUCAUUGACUGCGUAAAGACCAGGGAGCGAGAAGCGGAUUUUACCGGGCGCAUAAGCUCUAAGAACCUUUUCUAGCCUCUUCCUCUCUUCAUCGGGCAGCGCUCGCGAGAACUGCUUCGAAUGGGAUGGAUGGAAGGGCAGGAUGCGAAAACGUGCAUUCGGAAGUGUGCUCGCCAGACGGAUCCAGAAUCGAUUGUCCCAUAGUUGGUGAUGUUUGCACGUCUUCCAGGAUGCUCGUUUACUGAUGCGUGUGUCGGCGAGUGGCGACAGCUCAGAUAGUGGUGGCACGGUUGGAUUACCAGACUUUCGGUCAAGCAGCCGUCGAGAAGGCAUUGGUCUGUUGGCAGGGUAUGGUGCUCGUGAAAGCAGCCAUCGGUUAUUUGGUAGCGGCUCAAACAGGACGCCUGCAAUAGAAAAAGCCUUGCGAGAUGAUUCGCUACUGCUGUCCGAGAAGAGCUGUGGGAAUAGCCGGCGGACGACGUUGUCCAGAUUGGGCAGGGGAAUAUAGCUCUGAUCCGGUGUCACAAAUUCAAUGAGCUUUCGAACCAUGACAGUGGCCAGAACUUUUUGCUUCUCUUUCAAGGUAGCGUCUCGCUGUGCCGAGUUUAUGCGUCGCUUACGGCCGACAUCUAUAGUUGGCAGUCGUAUACGAAGAGUGCCAGCAUUGGAGUCGAAGCUGCGGACAACACCUUCGCGUUGAAUCAGUCUCUUUGCCUCGUCCUCUUCUUGAGUGGCGCGUUUAUCUGCUCUCUUGCUCAGUCGCAGAAUGUUCUCCUUUUGUAGGGCUUUGGGUAAUGUGUGAUUUCGAAGUAGGUGGCGGACUGCGUUGCGUGUAGUAAGCGUCUUGUCGGCAUUGGUGGCGUCUUCGAACCAAGGAACGCCGUUUGCCUCGCAGGUAGCAAUCAAUCUAUCCUUAUCAAACUCCAACAGCGGUCUAUAUAUCCAAACGCCACCGUCCUCAAUGUUGAGUGGCUUGAGGUAGGGCUGAUUGGGAUCGUGCGUCCUCGUAACAAAGCCCGCAAAGCGAGACGUCUGAUUGAGGACGAGGCGGGACGUGAUGGACUCAAAGUCGCCCGACACGCGGACAUCAUCUUGCAAACUUCGCCGCAAACCGCGUAUUUCUCUGUUUGUCGGCUUAAAGCUCAAUGCAGGAAGCCGCUUGACUUGGUCAUCAAGCAGGCCGCUCUUGUGGACACCGCUCAUAUCGUAGCAUUCGGGGAUUGCAUUGGCGGCUUGCAUGCCUCUGAGGCCGCGGUAUCCAUGACCGGCAAGCAAACGCAUAAGCACCGUCUCAUACUGGUCGUCGCGGUGGUGCGCCAGGAACAAGCUGCUAAUGUGGCGCUGGUGACAUGUUGCACCUAGAAUAUGGUAUCGGUUGUUUCUGGCAGCGCUCUCUAGGUUCGGUAGUGUAGCAGGAUCGAUUCCGUUUUCUCGCUCAUGUUUCCACCGCAUGCGUGACACCAUGACUCUCAGAUGCAUCUUGCUGAGAGAUUUGGCCACGGCACUAGCUUCAACAUCGCUGCCGGGCCGCAGCUGGUGGUCAACCACGACACCGUAGGCGCCCAUAAGGGGGUGAUCGGCAAUCUUAAGCUUCUCACCGGAUCGAAUGAGACAGGAAAAUAAAAACGCCAGGGCCAUGGAGUCCACACCCCCCGAAAUGGCGAGCCCGACGCGCUGCGGGCGUGCAUGGCGGGCGGCUGGGAAUCGCGGCGGGCAAAUGGCCAGCAGGGCGUCUCUGAAUUCGGCAGCGCCAAUUGGCUUGGGCAGCCUGUGCAGGGCGCUUGCUGCCUGUGCUGCGGGAUUCAUUCCAUUGUAUGCUGGACGAAAUCCCUUUGCAGUUGGGUGUUGGUGAGGUGUUUUGGUUUGGAGGGACAGACGGUGAAGAGGAGAAAAGUUGUCG